CGCUCUCUGUUUUAAACACACCAUUGUGGGUAAAUGGAGCUCAAAGCUAUUAGCGAUCUCACUUCUCACUUCUGGGCAGAGCUCGGCCGUAGCCGAAACUUACGUUGGACAAUACGUAACGUUCAUCUGGAGCCGAUAAGUUAAAUCAUUAUUGCUUUGGUAUUGCAAGAAGCUCAACAUCGCUGAAGCUAGAAAUUUCUUGGAUGUCAUCAAGUCAUAUGGAUUGGUUCCAAGCUAAUAAACUGUGCAUAUGCUUUCUCUACUAAAGAAAUACACUCACACACAGUUCCGUUUUACAAGUUAAUUCUAAGAGUUAUGUGAGAAAUCAAGGUCAUGGUUACCGCGGGCUACAACUCUGCAACAUAUGGGGAUUAUAUUGCUUCUGCAACUACUUUGGAAUCGAUAGAGCAAGCAAGCACUUUUCCUGUAAACCAAAAAGAUGCACCAAAUGUUGAUUCAUAUCAAUCAGUCAAUAACGUUACUUUGGUCAAUGGGACUGGCCCUGAAAGUGGUUCGAGUUCGUCUGUUGAGAGUAGCAAUGCGAUAUAUAACUUGGCUGUAACAUCUUCUGUAGCAAACAUGAAUACUAUCAUGGUACUUUCUUCUUCUUUUCAAUUUAGUGUAAUCACUGAGAGUUAACAAAGUUGGAG